GCUGCUGGUGAUGGAGGAGACGGGAAUGGCUGCGCCGGCAGAGCUCCAGCAGGACGCGGUGCUGCGCUUCCUUGCCGAGUGCGGCGGGCGAGCUCGCAACGCCGACCUGUUGGACCACUUCCGCGGCUUCCUCAACUCGCCGGAUCCCGAGCGCCGGGCCCGGGCCCGCGAGCGCUUCAAGGAGAUGGUCAACGCCGUGGCUAUCGUGAAGCAAGAGCCUGACUCCGGGGCCAAGUAUGUGCAGCUGCGCAAGAAAUACCGGAGCGGCACUGCGGGACCCAAGGCGGAGAAGGCGGCGGCCUCAGCCGUGGCCAGCGGCGGCUCCAUGACUGCGGCGGACCCCGAGCCGGACUCGGAGACUCCGCGCCUCUCGCCGAAAGGGAAGAAGAGCGGCGAGGGGGAUGCUGCGCCUGAGGCGCACCGGGAGGCCGAUUCCGAGGGGGAAAGAGGCGCCGCCGCCGCCACAGACCGUCCCUCCUCCUCCUCCUCACAAAGGGAGCCUGAGGCGGCGCCGUCCUGCUAUUCCCCCGAGGCACCGCAGCUCUCCGAGGGUGGAGACGAGGAGGAGCAGCGGCGCUCUCCCCAGCCGCCGGGGCGUCAGGAAGGUGAGGAGGCCCCGCCUGAGGACUCGUCGCCGAGCCUGGCCGCGCCUCCUCCCCCUCCCCCCUUAGGUGCGCUGACCGCCGCCGCUACUCCGCGGUGCGGCCGCCAGAACUUCCGAGAGCGCAUGAUGGGCGCGUCGCCUCAGCUGAAGCGCGGUGGCGGCGGCAGCAUGUUCCAGCGUGCGGGGGGCGGCAGGGACAGGGACUCGGAUAGCGCCUCGCUGGCCUCCUCGUCGGCGGAGGAGGAGAGCAAUAGCGGCAGCUCGGCGGGCGGCUCGGUGGCGCUGGACCCGCUGGAGCACGCCUGGAUGCUUUGCGCUUCGGACGGCCGCUGGGAGAGCCUGGAGGGGCUGCUGAGCUGCGAGCCCGGCCUCCUUUCCAAGCGGGACUUCAUCACGGGCUUUACCUGCCUGCACUGGGCCGCCAAGCACGGGCGCCACGAGCUGCUGGCCCUGCUGGUCAACUUCGCCCACCGGCACCGCCUGCCUGUCAACAUCAACGCGCGCACCAGCUGCGGCUACACCGCCCUGCACCUGGCUGCCAUGCACGGCCACCUGGAGGUGGUCAAGCUGCUGGUGGGCGCCUACGACGCCGACGUGGAUGUCCGUGACUACAGCGGCCGCAAGGCCUCCCACUACCUGAGCAGCGGCACGGCCGAGGAGGUGCGCAGCCUGGUGGGCGUCCUGGAGGACGAGGCUGACGGCGGGCCGACCAAUGGCAGCGGCCGCUGGAGGCUUUCCAAGGUGCUUCCCUCGAACCUCAUCACCUAUAAGCUCUCCCAUCUACAUCACGGCGAGGAAGGGGAGGCGGCCGACGGGCUUGGGGGACAGGGCAAGGGCAAAGAGCUGAGCCGGAAAAGCUCGGGCAGCGGCAGGAUCAAACCCCGGCUAAACAAAAUCCGCUUCCGCACCCAGAUCAUUCACACCACCCCUUCUUUCCGGGGGGAUCCUGAGGAGGAAGACGGCAAAGAAGAAAAGUCCCUGAAAUCCUCCUUCAAACUUAGACCCAAAUCCAAUGUUUUUGGAUGAAAUGGUUCUUAUUCGUUAGCACCUGAGAAUGGAAGGGUGCCUGACUACCUCUAGGACUGCUUCUUUUGCCUGGAUAGGGCUGUUUGAGGAUAGUCUCCCCCAUGCAAUGCCUUCAGGUGCUAGACAGGUACAGGGCUAAAUAGGAUAAAUAUUUUGAGGCUAAUGUUUACUAAGGUACAGUGGUGGCUGGAGUGGAAGUUCUAGUGCUUCACUUUACAGUGUGGGUAAUAAGGGUCUUAAUAGUUCUGUUUGUUUGAGUUCUCUGUUUAACAUGU